CUUCAAACCCUCAACUCUCACCACUGACAAGGUUUACAGGUACAUCAAAUAUGGCGAACUCAAAGUACGAGUACGUGAAGGCAUUCGAGCAACCAGACCUCCUCCUGCCAAACACCUGGAUCGUGGUUCGCAUUGAUGGCAGAGGGUUCCACAAAUUCUCAAACAAAUAUGCUUUUGAGAAGCCAAACGAUCGUCGGGCUCUCGACCUCAUGAAUGCUGCGGCCAAGGCAGUCAUGAACGAGCUCCCAGACAUUGUCAUUGCGUACGGCAUCAGUGAUGAGUACAGUUUUGUCUUCCACAAGUCUUGUGUAUUGUUCGAGAGGCGGUCAAGCAAGCUAGUGACAACUAUCGUGUCGACUUUCACCGCAUACUACGUGCAUCUCUGGUCAACUUUCUUCCCUGAUAUGUCACUUUCUCCUCCUUUGCCAAGCUUCGACGGACGGGCCGUGCAGUAUCCUAGUAUCCAGAACUUGAGAGACUACAUGAGCUGGAGACAAGUCGAUUGUCACAUCAAUAAUCUCUACAACACUACCUUCUGGGCUUUGAUUCAGGUUGGAGGAAUGGAUGCGAAAAGUGCUGAGAAAGAGCUUGCUGGUUCACUCGCAGCAGACAAGAACGAGAUCUUGUUCUCGAGAUUCAAGAUCAAUUACAACAACGAACCAGAGAUCUAUAAAAAAGGAAGCGUGGUACUUCGAGAUUAUGAGUUAGUGGAGCCUGGAACUGCAUCAGAAGUUAUUCAUGAGGACGUGGCUAAGCCAGGAGAGGAGGUUGAGUUAUCAAAGACCCAAGAAGAGAAAGACAGGAAACGGAGAGCAAAAGCAAGAAUCACUGUGCAGCACGUGGACAUUAUCAAGGAUGAGUUUUGGGAGAGAAGACCAUGGUUGCUUUCAAACAAGCCGGGCAAAAUACCCAAAGAGCCAUGAUUAGAUUCUAUAGCUUUAAUCGCUGCAAAUGCACAGAUACUCGACAU